CACAUCGUUAGCAGCCCGGAGGAUCUCCGACCGUACGAAGCACCGGGCCAGAAGCACACACCGGAGAAAGACUCGGAGGACCGUCCCGGGACGCUAAUUACCGCUCCGUGUCCGUGUCCGGAUUCGUACCGAUCGCCGGUCGUUAACAACCGGAUGUCGCGCGGCCGGUGUGUGCGGGAUAUGCGCAGCAGCGGUUUGGCGAUAGGGCGAGGACGAUGUCCACAUAAAUACUGCAUCUGAUUGACGAGACAUUCACAUGGCGUCACUGGGAGUCCCUGCGAGUGAAUGUGCGCCAUAUUCCCGAUGCACCUCCACCUGCAGCCAAUGAAUGGCGAUCCUGGGCUGAUGGACAUUCAUGACACGUGCAACCGUUCUCCAAAAAGCAUAUUGCUUCACCUUGUCUACCUCGUUUCGUUUAUUUUAAGGCUUCGAAUUCAAUGCCACUGCCAGGACUGAUGUCAGAAGGAGCUGUGCGCUAUUUCCCUGCUUUUAUUGUACUCUAAAAGCACAGUUCAUUCCAUGCAGGUGACACCUUGGUGCUUUUUUUUGCGUGCCCAACGGAUACAAUUCACCACAAUACGGGUUUGGGUGUCCUCAUGUUACAGUGAACAAGGAUAGAUACGAACCUGUGGCAUGCUCGAUCUCAAGAUGAAGGAAGCGUGUCGCAUCUGUGGACGGGAGCUCUGUGGUAACCAGCGGCGAUGGAUCUUCCAUCCCACCCACAAGCUCAACCUGCAGGUGCUGCUGUCUCACGCUGUCGGGCGAGAGCUGACCCGGGACGGCAGAGGAGAGUUCGCCUGCUCAAAGUGCACCUUCAUGCUGGACCGCAUGUACCGCUUCGACACGGUCAUAGCCCGCGUGGAGGCCCUGUCCAUCGAGAGGUUGCAGCGUCUCCUGCAAGAGAAACACCGGCUGAGGCAGUGCAUCAGUGGGCUCUUCCGGAAAACUAACGCCGAAGAGGAUGCGGUGACGUUACCUGGAGGGAAUGAUGGACCGGGAGACGGAAUGGUUGACAUUUCUGGUCUCACUCAUGCCAAGUACUGUGCCCUGCUACAAGACGAUCUGGUCUACUCUUUGUACGAGUCCUGGGCCGAUGACGGUCUGGACUGUCAACCCCACCACCACCACCACCACCCUCAGGGUUCUGCUGGUCCGGAGUCGGAGGUUACAGUUGCAGGCUCACACCGUUGCGUUCCCAGCACUCCCAGGAAGUGUCGGGGUUGUUCCUACUGGCGGGUGGCGGACUCUGACUAUGAAGCUGUUUGUAAGGUGCCCAGGAAACUGGCACGGAGUAUUUCCUGCGGGCCGUCAUCCAGAUAUUCGGCCAGUGUUGUUGGAGGGAGUGUGACCGGAGGAGGUGGAGGAGGAGGUGAUGGUGAUGGAGAUGGAGAAAAGAAUAAUGUGGAGGAUUCUGAAGAACCACCUUCCUCUUUAACUCUGGUCCCUGAUUCUCAGGAGCCCUCGCGGUCAUCAGAUAGUGAUCGCACACUGGCUGGACGAGCCAGCUCCAGCCCCUCUGUAGCAUCCUUGGAGGAGUAUAUUCAGCCUGCGGCUAUAGCAGACGGGCGGCUGAGGUCCCCCAGGGAACUCCUAGAUGACCGGAUGUCCGACUCCCUCUCCGAGGAGCACAUGGGAGCCACGCAUGGCCGAGCCUCACCUGGACCCGGCCUCUCCAUGGCCCUCUGUUUGCUGCAGAGCUGUGCCGUCUACCGGCCAGUGUUGAGCUGUAAGGGGAGCAGGCUGCCAGUGCUGCUCAGACGGAGCGCUACUAAUGGAGGCUCGAUCCCUCGAUUCCCUGAUCCCGUUCUGGGUGUGUCUUAUGGAGCUCCAGAGGGAGAAGGAGACAACCACAUGCCCACACCGGAGGUGGAGACUCCUCUGAUCAGACUGGUUGAUCAGGAUCCAAACCUUCCUUACAUGGAGGAUUUGUUGGAUGAUUUGUAUAGAGAGUAUCCUCCACCGCGUCCUCACCAGAGCCUCGUCGAGGAGCAGCAGAGUCAACUCAACCAGUACGAGUGUGCAGCCGGUCAAUGUGUCAGCGAGCUGCAGAAGGCCCAGCUUCAGGUCCAAUCCCUGCAGGCUAAGAUCCACGAGAGCGAGGCCAACAAUAUGAAGCUGCAGGAGAAGCUGAACGAGAUGGAGUGUGAGCUGCGUUCAAUUCGCCAGGCUGCACAGAGUCAGGAAAGAACCAUUCAGGUCCUCACCGAGUCCUUCAGCACCAAAGACAGUGAGGCCCAGGAGCUGUACCAGCUGAUGGUGGGGCAGAACUCCACGCUGUGUAAGCUGAGGGAAAUGGUCCACCGCAACCAGCUGGCUCAAUCUAAGGCACCAGAAGGGGUCAGCGAGUCUGUGAUGCUUGCCAAGCUGCAGGGCGAGCUGGUGGGGGUGCAAAGCGCCUUGUUCUCCCUCGGGCUGGAGCUGGAGGCCAGCCAGAGGAGCCUGAGACAAAGCCAGAGGCAAGGAGACGACCUGUCGAGGUUCAAGGACAGGCUCAACUGUGAUCUGCAAGAGGUGCAGCAGCACAGGGAGGUCACUGAGAAGCACAACCAGCACCUGCGUUCUGCCCUUCAGAAAACCCGCUCCGAGCUUCAGGCUAAAGAAGCAGCUCUGAAGGAGGCCGAGGCGGAGAGACACACUGUGGUGCAGGAGAAAGAGAUGAGCAUCACGCAGCUCAAACACUCUCUGCAGGACAAGGAGCAACAGCUACAGGAGUACUCGGAGAUGUUGGAUUCAACAGGAAGCUCCAAACCCAGAGACGCCCUGCUGGAGAAACUUAAAGAGCGUAUUAAGGACAGAGACAGGGCUCUGGAGCGCUCCAUCGAUGACAAGUUCCGCUGUGUGGAGGAGCGCGAGGGCCAAGUGAGGAGGCUGCAGCUGGCCCUCAGGGAGAAGGAGCGGGACCUGGAGAGACUCCGCAGCAUUCUGUCCAACAACGAGGAGACCAUCACGAGUCUGGACGCCCUGGUCCGCGGCAAAGAGCUGGAGCUGGAACAGGCGGCAGAGGCCUACAGGAACCUCCAGUGGCUGAAGCAGCAGAGCGAGGAGAAGGAGAGAAACACCCUGCGAGAGAAAGACGCCAUCAUAAGCCAGCUACAGGCAGCUCUACAGUCGCACAGCCUGGAGGCACAGGAUCUGACGGCGACCCUCGUUGCCAGAGUUCAGGCGGGUCCCACUGAGGUCGUGGAGGAGUUGAAGGCUCGGCUUGCGCUGAAAGAGAAACUCUUCCAGGAACUGAUAUCGGAUCGCAGCCGCCAGUCCAGCGAACACCAAGCCCAGGUCCAGGAGAUGCUCGACACGCUGGGCUCCAAAGAUCAGUAUCUGCAGGACUACUCCCACAGGCUCUCCCUUGUGAUUAGCGAGCGGACCGGUCAGCUGCAGGAGCUGCGCCGACAGCUGUUCUGCGGAGAGCAAGAGCUGUGCGCUCUGAAGCGGGACAAGGAGCGAGAAGUGGGGGGAGAGGCGGAGCACCUGCGCAGUCUGCUGAAAGAGAAAGACGCCUUCAUCAAGGAGCUGGUGCAGGGCCAGGAGGAGGCCAUGCAGCCGUCCUCUAAGGACAGUGAGGCAGAGAUGAGGGCUCUCCAGGAAGAGCUGCAGCUGGUGCUGAGGAAAGAUCGGGAGGCUCAGAAGGAGCUCUCUGCUCUGCGGUUGUCUUUGGCUCGCCAGCAGGACAAUAAGGACAGCACCGAUCACCAAUGUGUGCUGGAGCAGCUUGUGUCAGAGUACAACAAGCUGAACGAUGCCCUGAGGGCGGAGAAGAGAUUAUACCAAAGUCUCACACACAUUCACACCAAGAGUGACAGCGCUGAGCAGAUCCAGGCCCUCCACACCGAGCUUGACACGGUUCAGGCGCUGCGCAGACAGCUGGAGGAGGUCCUGGCGAGGACCCGUAACAUGGCCCUGAUGCUGGAUCGGGCAGCUAAAAAGCAGCCUGACUUUGGAGAGCUCAGCACAGACGAAGAAAGGGAGGAGGAAGAGGAGGACGAAGGAGGCGAUGAAGACGGCAGCAGUGACGAGUUUACGGACAGCAUAGAGGAGGAUGAUGAUAAAGUGACGGCCAGAAGUUUGGCCUCCCUUCAGGCUCGUGGAGCUGACGCUGAUUCAAAGCAACUUGAGGAAGCAAGAAAAACCCUUGAAGGCCAGCUUAAAGAAAUAAGGUUACAGCUGGAGAAGGACGGAUACACCUCAGUGGCUCACAUGAGGAGUGCACUGCAGAGGUUGCAGCAGGAGAACCAGGCUUUGAAAGAAACCAGAGGACAAGCUGGAUUUGUGGGAUCGAGGACAAACCCGGAGAGGAAUCACAGGGGUUUGAAUCAGGAAAAGGAGCUAGAAGAGGAAGGAGAUAUCGAGGAAGAAGAUGGAGAGGAGGAAACAUCUCUGUUGCUGGUGGGAAAGCGAGGUCAUCCGUGUGCUGGUCUGAGUGACCAGCGAGGGAAGAGGCUCUGCAAGAGCCCACCGUCCCUGAGGUCCCAUCAUCAUCACACACACCAGCCUGCGACGGAGGCGGAGCCUGUCGGGGCCCGCAGCGAGGAGGGGGCGCUCUGGCAGGACACAGAAGAGGGCCUUCAAGAGCAGGCGGCCCGCCUGAGCUCCGAUCUGGCUCUGAGCCACCAGGAGAACGGGGAGCUGCGGGAAAGGCUGAUGGUGUCGGAAGCCACGGUCCACGCUCAGGCUGAACAACUGAAGGACUACCGGGAUCUGCUCACCGAGACAUCCGUCCAGCAGGCCAGUAAGCAGGUGCAGGUGGAUCUCCAGGAUCUGGGUUAUGAGACUUGUGGUCGCAGUGAGAACGAAGCCGAGAGAGAAGACGCCAGCAGCCCAGAGUUUGAUGACCUGGAGAUGUGCACGUCGCUGUCCCAUCAACAGGACUAUGAGGGUGCUGGCGGCAGCUGGUACGCCGGCAGCUGUAACGCGGGCGAGAUGGAGGACGAGUCCGCCUCUCUGCAGCCACUGGUCCAGGAUCUCCGCUCACAGCUAACCCGCUGCCACAAGGUGAUCCGUGGGCUGCAGCUACGCGUCCGCUCUCUGUCCACCACCAGCGACUACGCCUCCAGCCUGGAGCGAACGCCACGCAAGGUAAACUGGGCCUUUGAGACAUCCCCGGCCCCCAGCGGUGUGGAGGAGGAUGAGGGCUGGAUGUCGGACACUCAGGGCAUUCUGUCGGGGCCCAAACCCAGCAGGGAGCUGAAAGAACUGAUGGCUCGGGUUGCGUCACUGGAGGCGCAACUCAAGAGCUCUAGACUGGAAGACAAAAUCCAAGCAGAGGAGGGGAAAUGUGCCACCUGGCCCGGGAAAUACAACUCCCUGAUUCAGGCACAAGCCCGCGAGCUGUCCCACCUGAGGCAGAGGAUGAAAGAGGGCCAAGGAGUCUGCCACAUCCUCACCCAGCACCUGGGUGAUACCACCAAGGCCUUCGAGGAGCUGCUGCGGGCCAACGACAUUGAUUACUACAUGGGUCAGAGCUUCAGAGAGCAGUUGGCACAGAACUCUGCCCUGGCACAAAGAGUGGUCACCAAGAUCACUGGACGCGACCGCGCAGAGAGCCAUGAGGACAAGACGGGCCAUGAGUUGCUUGCCCUGAGGCUGAGCAAAGAGCUUCAGCAGAAAGACAAAAUCAUCGAGUCCCUGCACACGCAGCUGCAGCAGCGUCCAGAGACCCCGUCCAGCUGCCACGCCCUCUCUGAGACCACCGACCAAUCAGACAGAACGUCCUUGGUGUCUGAUGAGUACAGAACCAAUGAGGACUUGGAGCUGUCUUCCGAUUUAGACGCCAGAGAAUAUCAUGAGGAGCACGAGCUGGAGCAGCCAGGACAAGGAUCCGAACACGAAGCCCAUCCACCUAUCCUUCAUCCUCGUGGCUUCCUUAAGUCCUCCAGCAGCUGUCCCAACAUGCAUUGCACGGCCCCUGUGAGUUUGACCAGUCCGUCCUUUGCAGCCCUUUUCAAAGAGCCUGUCCCCUACUCUCUUCCCUCUGGCCCUGACGUCUGGGGUAACAAAGUCAUUUCUGACCCUCGGCCCAGGGCCCUGUCUGUGAUCGCUGUUCGCCCAGAGCUGGACUCGCUGUACAAACUGAUGAAUGAGCAGAGCAGGGGCUACACAGAUCCCCAUGGAAAGGCUCUGUUCACUCUCACCCCGGGUGCCCACGUCCAGCAAUCCCAUCCAGCCUGUCAACAGUACCUGCUGGGUGGCAUUCCCGAAGGCCGCUCGAUAAAGUCCGACUCGGGCCUCGUGACGGGGCGCACUUUGUGGGACGUUGAAAACACGGCUCGGCGAGGUGGAGGCUACUCUGGAUCAUCGGCUCCCCAGCAAGGAAGCAGCUACGCAGGGGUGAAUUUGAUAGAGGAGCACCUGCGGGAGGUGAGGUGUCUGCGACAGCGUCUGGAGGAGUCCAUCGGGACCAAUGAGAGGCUCCGGCAGCAGCUGGAAGACAGACUAAACUCAACCGGGCGGGAUGGAGGGGCACCAACAAACAUCUACAUUCAGGGACUGGACACUGUCACUCAACUGUCCAAUGAGAUCCGAGUCCUGAAGGAAGAAAACUUGGGUCUAAAGUCCCACCUGCAGGCCAGCACAGACACUCGUGAGGAGGUGGUGCAGUUGCGGGAGGCGGUGUUUGCGGCACGCGCCCGCCUGAAACAAGCAGAGCUUGAGGCGGAGCAGUGGAAAGAGGAGCUCAGACGACUUCAGGCCCACACCCAGGAGCAAGGACAGCAGAUACACAUAUUAAGGCAAGAGCGGCAGGCCAGUCAGGAGAAAACCAACAGGCUCCAGCAUGAUGUGUCUCUACUGCAACAGCAGCUAUGUGAGAGCAGAGAGCUCAUACACUCCCUGCAGAGUGAACUACAAGUGUACGAUCGAGUGUGUUCCAGCACGAAGGCCAACAAAGGCUUCCUGUGUGAGCUCCCAGGUCUUCCGGUGGAGCUGGGGGAGCUGCUCGCCGAGGUGAGGAGCCUGCGGGCCCAGCUGCAGAACAGCGUCCAGGAGAACAGUGCCCUCAAACAGCUGGAGCUCCACAAGCAGCUGGAGCAGAAGCUGGGCGUCGGCUCCCCUCGGACGCCCUCCCUCGCCGCCCUCACCGCCAGCCCUCAGAGAGAGAACUUCUACAGGCGACAGCUGCUGCACGACCCAGCUCCGUCUCCACCGGUCAGGGACAUCGGCCUGUUUAACUGUGGAUCUCCCGGUCCUCCCUACCCGGACCUGGAUGACAGCCACAGCACUGCAAAUGACCCUCUUGACCCUCACUCCGAGCUGGAGGGGGAGGCCCCUGAUGGAUCAUUUGCAAACCGUAAUGGCCGCCACGCCAUCGGUCAUGUGGAUGACUUCAGUGCUCUCCAGCAGCAAGUCCUGGAGGGAAAAAGCCUCGUGCAGCGCAUGGAGACAACCCUGCAGGCCUGCCUCGGGCCGCAACUGCUGGAGGGCAACCAGAAGCAAAGUAGUGAGCUGGUCCUGGGCUACGGAUGUGUGAAGAGUCUGCUGUCCAACACCAAGACUCUGAGACAGAUCCUGGAGGAGGCCAUGUCCCUGCUGAGAAUGUUCUGGAGAGCAGCUCUGCCCAGCACUAAUCCCUCAAUCCAAAACCUCAAGAAGGAGCAGUGCAUGCAAGAGGAGAUCUUGUCGCUGAAACUGCGUAUGUCGGAGCAGGACGAUGUCCUUAAGGGGACGAUUCACAGACUGAGGAGCACCAGCCGCACCAAGGAGAACAUGGAGCACUUCAUUGUCAACCAGUUGUCGAGGACUCGUGAUGUCCUGAAGAAAGCAAGGACAAAUUUAGAGAAGAAUGAGCUGAGACUUUCCUCUCUAAGCUCCUCCUCUUCCUCUCCUUAUGAUGUUGAGGACCCAGGAGUUCCUGCCGGAGGGGGGCCUGCUGAUCGCAGUUUCGUGAAGAGCAGCGGUGCUUCCGGAGCAGCAGCCAAUCAACGUCCAGCUGCGAGGAAGCGCAGCAGCCAAUGCCUGCAUUAGACUUUUAAAGAACCAGCCUCCACCUCUGACCUCUAACCUCUAUGCUGAAACAGCCCCCCGCAACAGCCUUUCACCCCCCCCCCCCCCCCCCCUCCCCCAGUCUCCGUCCAACCAUGCAUCCAUGCGUCCCUCCUCCAGGCAAUAGGUGUGCAGCAUAAUGCGCCUCUUGAGCCUCCCACCACAUGGGUGGUUGUCUUUGAGCGAUGCCGUCGGCGGCGCGCCUCAUCGUGUGCGUGACUGAAGGUGUUUGAAUGGUGCCUCUGGUGGUUUUAGUGAAGUGAGUCCUACUGACGGAGCUGGUUGAGGAUGCUCCCAGGCGCUGAUCUCAGACCAGGUUUGUCUUCUCAAAGUGGUUUCAGAAGACUUUUCGGUUGUAUUAUAGAAACUUUCAAGUUAAUGGUAUGGGAUUACGAGGUUUUAAAAAUAAUAUAUUUACAGAAAAAUGAAUGAAUUUUAUUUGCAAGUUCAAAUCAAAAGUUUCUAUAGUACACCUCCUGAUCUGUGUCUAAGAGCAUCUUCUUUUUAGAGCCAGACAGCAUGCGGACAACAGAUGGUCAUGCAUGUUUAAUCGUGGCUUGAGGAAGGACACACCACGUGUGUGUGUGUGUGUGAUCAAUAACUGCUCACUCAAAGACAAGACAUCCAACCAUUGACAGAAGUGCAAGGUUACUUGACGUGGCACUUUUAAAAAUGAAUUCAUUGAAUAUAUUAUUAUUUUUGCGAAGGCAAUGCAAGGAACAAAGACAUCCACGAUGUAACCCUAGAAACAGUGGAGGAAUGUACAGGACGUGGGCGCAAUGUGGGGGAAGCUCAUGGAAGCUUUGUCAGACGAGGGAUUGAAAAGGGAAACAGAGUCAGAGAAAGGUUUCAUUUUAGUCACAAACCUCUUUUACAAUUCUAACAAUGCUUGAAAUAGAAAUACUGAAAAAUUAAAAAGCGAAGGAGCCAUUUUAAAUUUAUACUUAAGGCUUCAAAAAAAUCAGUCAAAUAUUUUUUAUUCCUGAGAAAGAACUACACAGAAAUAUGUUAAACAAAUUUUAAAAAGAGGUUAAAGUGCUGAAAUGGAACCAGGCUGAACACGCGUAUUCAAGCUCCUCCGUAGGAGUCCUCAUACGAGCAUGUGCAAUAAUGAUGUUUCUUGAAUGAUAUUCUGCACCAGGUUUGUUUGUUUUUUGCUUUGCUUUACACCGUAUUAGCAGUCACACUCGUGAUAAGCCAUGACUCGAUCAUUGUUACGAUUGUACUUUUUACUGGAUCGGGACAGUGGAUUGCCAGUACCUGCCAAACUUUGAACCUGGAACUCUUCACUUGCCAUCGACUUGCCUCAUCCAUGCGAAUGACAAACCAAACCCAGGUCGGAUCGGAGCGCAGGGAUACAAAGUCAUCCUUAUCUUCUGAGGGCCUCCAGAACCACGGAGACAGCAACCGUUAGACAGCUACUUCAGUUCACUGCGAAUUGUGACAAAGAAAUUAGCUCCUUUUUUGGACCAAAAUUGUGGAUUUUGCCACUUGGCCGUGUUUUAUUGUCUUUGUGUUUUUUCUCUCGGUUCAGCAUUCCCAUGGCAAUGGCAAUUUAGGUCAUGAAGAUGUUCUAGAUGAUGCAAACUUUGGCAGGCUACUGGUGGGAUCAUUGCUCCUUAAUUCACUAACUUGUGACAGUUGAGAUUUAGUUAGAUGAGUUCUUGCUGUACAUUAGCCAUCUUGUGCUGUAAAUAACCUGCUUGUCUGUGUGAACCUGUGAGUGAAUUUGUGAGUGCGUGCAUGUGUGUGCGAGUUUAAAAAAAACAUCCUACAUUUGCUUUUUGCAAAGUUGAUUUUCGGGGUAUCUGUGCAAUAGCUUUAUGUGUUUUAUUUUGAUGUUAAACAUCAUUGUAAUACAAGUAUGAAUGCUGCAUUCACUUCCUGCAAUGUAUGAUUUAUGCAUUAGAGGAACAUGUCUCUUUGAAUUACUUAGUCACUUAGGCUGGUAAGAAAUCCCCAACGAUGCCUUCAUGAUAUCUUAGUCAAUGAUCCCUAUAUCAAUAAUAAUGUUGCUUCGCUUGCGUUUCAAUUUGUUAGCUUGAGAGCUUCUUCGGCUGCAGAGUUGGCCUCGAACUAGCGCUCAUCUACCGGAGAUCUGCCAAAUUAGUUUGCGCACGAGUUCAAAUAAAAAGUGGGCAUGUAUUUCAAUGGAUAUAAAAAAAAGUUUGAUACUUCCUUUUGAAAUUUAAAAAGCCAAAAGGGAAAGAUUUUGAAAAAUGGUCUUGUCAAAAGAAAAAGCCAAUGAUUGGACAGCUUUUGAUCCACAAAGCACCUUGUUGCUCUCUGUUAAGAAGGAAAUCAAACAGCAGGUCAAAGCAAAGUAUUGUUGGUCCUGAUUUCCGUAUGCAUAUACUGCUAUUUGAUUGGUGCAGCUUCUAUGUGAUAGGAAAGCAGUUUUUUCUGAGUUUGUGCAUAAUGAACUAGAAGGCCGAUGCAGGAGUCGUAUGGAUCCUGUCUCUGAUGACAGUUAACAGUGUGCUGUGUUGGCAAAGUAUUACCAGUGAACGAUUUAAAAAAGGAAUUAAUAAAACACGUCAAGAUUG